AUGCAACUGCAGAAAAACAGGAUUAACAUCCAGAGAACUGCUACCAGGAGAAUUGGUGUUAAGAUGGAGAGCUCGCUGCCAGAGGGAUCACUCUGGGGCUGUCCUUCAGAAGAGCCAUCUCAGGAGUCCCACGCUCUCCUGCAGGACCUGUCUGCCUUCAUAGACUCUAAAGAACAAGACUCUGUGACCUUCAAAGAUGUAGCUGUAGACUUAACCCAGGAAGAGUGGACCCUGAUGGAUAGGUCCCAGAGAAAGCUGUACAUUGAUGUAAUGCUGGAGAAUAUCACUCAUCUGGUCUCCGUAGGCUGUCAGUUCUUCCAGUCAGAUAUGAUUGCCCAGUGGGAGCAAGGGGAGCUGUGGAAGGAAGAGAGAGGACUGGCCCAAGGCUGGGGUCCAUCAAACUCCCACCUUCGUUCCCAUAAAAUAACUCACACGGGAGAGAAUCCAUUUGUCUGUAAUCAGUGUGGGAGUCAUUUCAGGUAUUUUUCAUCUUUAACUAGACAUAAGCAUAUUCAUUCUGGAGAGAAGCCUUAUGAAUCUCAUCUGUGUGGAAAAGCCUUUGUUCAAAGCUCUUAUCUUAAACAACACGAGAGAACUCACACUGGAGAGAGACCAUAUAAAUGUCUCCUAUGUGGAAAAGCCUUUGUUACAAGCUCCAAUCUUAGAGAACAUGAGAGAACCCAUACGGGAGAGAAACCAUAUAAAUGUCAUCUAUGUGGGAAAGCGUUUGUUCAAAGCUCUUGUUUUAGACAACAUGAGAGAACCCACACUGGAGAGAAACCAUAUAAAUGUCAUCUGUGUGGGAAAGCCUUUAUUACAAGCUCUUGUCUUAAAAAAACACGAGAGAACCCACACUGGAGAGAAACCAUAUAAACAUCUCCUAUGUGGAAAAGCCUUUGUAACAAGCUCCAAUCUUAGAGAA